AUGUUUAACUCGGUCAACCUGGGCAACUUCUGCUCUCCUUCCCGCAAGGAGAGGGGCGCUGACUUUGGCGAGCGAGGGAGCUGCACCUCCAACCUCUAUCUACCCAGUUGCACUUACUACGUGCCCGAGUUCUCCACCGUCUCCUCCUUCUUGCCCCAGGCCCCCUCGCGCCAAAUCUCCUAUCCCUACUCAGCCCAGGUGCCCCCGGUCCGGGAGGUCUCCUACGGCCUGGAGCCAUCCGGCAAGUGGCACCAUCGGAACACCUACUCGUCUUGCUAUGCUGCGGCCGACGAGCUUAUGCACCGGGAGUGCCUGCCUCCUUCCACAGUGACUGAGAUCCUCAUGAAAAAUGAAGGCUCCUACGGCGGCCCCCACCCUAGCGCCCCGCACGCGGCCCCCGCCGGCUUCUACUCCUCCGUCAACAAGAACAGCGUCCUGCCCCAAGCUUUCGACCGCUUCUUCGACAACGCCUACUGCGGUGGCGGAGAUGCGCCUGCCGAGCCCCCCUGCUCUGGCAAGGGCGAGGCCAAGGGGGAGCCUGAGGCGCCCCCGGCCUCGGGACUUCCGUCCCGGGCAGAGGCCGGUGCUGAGGCCGAGGCCGAGGAAGAGAACACGAACCCCAGCUCGUCUGGUUCUGCCCACUCGGCGACCAAGGAGCCGGCCAAGGGAGCCGCCCCCAACGCCCCCCGCACCCGCAAGAAGCGCUGCCCUUAUUCGAAAUUCCAGAUCCGGGAACUGGAGAGAGAGUUUUUCUUCAACGUGUACAUCAACAAAGAGAAGCGGCUGCAGCUGUCCCGGAUGCUGAACCUGACGGACCGACAAGUGAAAAUUUGGUUUCAGAACAGAAGGAUGAAAGAAAAAAAACUGAGCAGAGACCGGCUGCAGUAUUUUUCAGGAAAUCCGCUGCUGUAACUGCGGUCCAGGUCCUUAGGGAUGCAGGGAAGGAAAGGGGGAAAUUUAUUUUAUUUUAUUUUUUAUUUUCUAACUCGUCUUUUUUUCCGCGGGUGGAAAACUGGACUGUGGCCAGGGCUGGCCCCCCACUGCCAUUACUGGCACGUCCUUCCAGAACUCCUUUGCCUAGGGUCUAAUUCACUGUAAGGGGCAGAGACCCAGCCUGGAAAAGGGGGUAAGGGGAGUGCCUGACCCCUGGUUAGUGGACCCCGUUGGCGCCGAGGCCCCAAGACUUUAUUUAAAAGAAAAUACACCUUGCAACAAAACUCUUGCUGCUCGGAUUGGGUGAGGGGAGGGGCGGGCACAGUGGGCGCCAGAGCUGAACAAUCCUUGAACUCGAACCUCCCCUUAAACCCGAGUGAAAAGAUCCACUGAGCCACCUUGUCUGCGAGACCUCCUGGGCUCCCCGCCCCCACCCCACCUUGCCCCUCGAUUAGGGGGCAGCUAAAUGUGAUCCUGCCUUGCUGUGAAGUUUCUGUACCUUUGACCUGGUGUUAGGUGUGCAAAGUCCAAAUCCUACCUCCGUCUGCGCCUGGCCCCGCCCGAGCCUAGCUGUUCUCGCCCUAACUGUGUAGAACCCUCUUUUGAAA